AAACGCAGUCACGUGACGAUCCGUUGCCGUGGCUGAGUUUCUCCCAUUAUGGCGGAGCGGCCAGCCGUGCGGUUGGACUGUCUCUCCCACUUCGAUGCUUGUUUUGUGUCCUGAGGGAGGGCCCUUCAUUCCCCCUCUUUAGUACCUUUCCCCACGUGAAACCCGCGUCUUCUUCACAAGCCUGCUCGUGUUUUUUUUUUCCGGCGAAGUCAUGGCAGACCGCGGCGUGGAUUUGUCAGCCCUACCAAAGGAGGUUCGAGACCAAUUGGCUGAGUUGGACCUGGAGCUGUCUGAAGGUGACAUCACACAGAAAGGUUUUGAGAAGAAAAGAGCCAAACUGCUGGCCUCCUACAUCCCUCAUUUGCCCAAUGUGGAUAUGACUUUGCCAGAUGUGCAGCUUUCCCCGGGCCACAGUGGCGACCCCACCCCGAGUCCUGAGGCCCCAGGCCCCUCUACAUCUUCAGUCUCCAGACACCACCGUGCACACCGCAGUGGAGGGGCCAGAGAUGAGCGCUACAGAUCAGACAUUCACACAGAAGCUGUGCAGGCGGCGCUGGCCAAACACAAAGAGGAAAAGAUGGCGCUGCCUAUGCCAACCAAGAGACGCUCAGCCUUUGUCCAGUCUCCCAGUGAUGCUUGCACACCUCCAGACACAUCUUCUGCAUCAGAGGAUGAGGGCUCACUGCGCAGAAAGGCUGCCCUCAGUGCGGCGCUAGCUCAGGGCUUGCAGAGCCCCGAUUACUGGAUUAAUCGUUCCGUCCAAAGCUCCUCCACAUCGUCGUCAGCAUCCUCAACCCUCUCCCAUGGAGAGCCCAAGAGCCAGCCUCAGCCCCAGCCUGCUGCUUCCGUCUUGACUGACAUACUAGCCCACACCCGCAUAGAAAGCAGUGUACCUCCAGAUGUGACAUCCUCUACUCCUCAAGACAGAGGUUCGAGGGUGGACCUUCCUCCUGCUGUUAGGGGCAUGAGUCGUGGGCAGAGCCGCUCUAGCAUGCUGGAUACUGCUGACGGAAAGAGAAAAGGUGUGCCUGUCAACAGCAGAGUGUCCACUAAAAUUCAGCAGCUGCUAAACACACUCAAGCGGCCUAAAAGACCACCACUCAGUGAAUUCUUCCUUGAUGACUCUGAAGAAAUAGUAGAAGUUCCCCAGCCAGACCCCAACACCCCAAAGCCUGAGGGGCGUCAAAUCAUCCCGGUGAAGGGGGAGCCCCUUGGUGUUGUUAGUAACUGGCCGCCUGCCCUUCAAGCAGCCCUGGCCCGCUGGGGCGCCACCCAAGCCAAGAGUCCUGCCCUCACAGCUCUGGAUAUCACAGGCAAACCCCUCUACACCCUCACAUAUGGAAAACUGUGGAGUCGAAGUCUGAAACUGGCCUACACGCUGCUCAAUAAACUUGGCACAAAGACAGAACCUGUGCUACAACCUGGCGAUCGAGUGGCAUUGGUUUACCCAAACAGUGACCCUGGAAUGUUUUGGGUAGCGUUCUAUGGAUGUUUGUUGGCUGAGGUAAUCCCAGUGCCUAUUGAGGUGCCUCUGUCGAGACAGGAUGCAGGCAGUCAGCAGAUCGGCUUUCUGUUGGGCAGCUGUGGCGUAAGUCUGGCACUGACCAGUGAGGUCUGUCUCAAAGGUCUGCCCAAGACACCAAAUGGAGAGAUCAUCCAGUUCAAAGGAUGGCCAAGAAUGAAAUGGGUGGUGACAGACACCAAGUACCUGACCAAACCGUCCAAAGACUGGCAGCCUCAUAUUCCCACCGCAAAUACAGACACCGUCUACAUUGAGUACAAAGCGAGUAAGGAAGGGACAGUGAUGGGAGUCGCUGUAUCCAAGAUCUCCAUGCUGACUCACUGUCAAGCCCUGACUCAGGCCUGUAACUAUUGUGAAGGGGAGACGCUGGUUAAUGUGCUGGACUGUAAGAAGGAUAUGGGCUUGUGGCAUGGUGUCUUAACGAGUGUCAUGAAUAGAAUUCACACCAUCACUGUGCCAUACGCCGUCAUGAAAGCCUGUCCGAUGUCCUGGGUGCAGAGAGUCCAUAUCCACAAAGCUCGUGUGGCCUUGGUCAAGUGCCGUGACCUUCACUGGGCAAUGAUGGCCCACAAAGAGCAGAGAGACACCAACCUGUCCUCCAUACGGAUGCUUAUAGUAGCUGAUGGAGCAAACCCAUGGUCUGUGUCAUCAUGUGAUGCCUUCCUGAAUGUGUUCCAGUCUCACGGUCUAAAGCCUGAGGUUAUCUGUCCUUGUGCCACUUCUCCUGAGGCCUUGACGGUGGCCAUACGCAGGCCUGGUGCACGAGGAGCUCCUCUGCCAGCCAGGGCCAUUCUGUCCAUGGGCGGGCUGAGCCAUGGUGUAAUCCGAGUUAACACGGAGGACAAGAAUUCGGCUCUAACUGUUCAAGAUGUGGGCCAUAUCAUGCCUGGAGCUCUCAUGUGCAUCGUGAAACCAGACGGCUCUCCUCAGCUGUGCAAAACUGAUGAGAUAGGAGAGAUUGUGAUCAGCUCUCGAGCAGGAGGCACCAUGUACUACGGCCUUCCUGGUGUCACCAAAAACACAUUUGAGGUGAUCCCUGUUAACCAGUCUGGAGCACCAUUAGGAGAAGUUCCCUUUACCCGUACUGGUCUGCUAGGAUUUGUCGGACCAGGCAGCUUGGUAUUUGUUGUGGGGAAGAUCGAGGGGCUGCUGAUGGUGAGCAGGCGACGCCACAACGCUGACGACCUGGUGGCGACUGCUCUUGCAGUGGAGCCUGUCAAAACUGUUUACAGGGGAAGAAUCGCAGUGUUCUCAGUGACUGUGUUUUAUGACGAGAGGAUCGUGAUUGUGGCAGAGCAGCGGCCUGAUGCCAGCGAGGAGGACAGCUUUCAGUGGAUGAGUCGAGUUUUGCAGGCAAUUGACAGUAUCCACCAGGUUGGCCUGUACUGCCUUGCCCUGGUUCCAGCCAACACUCUCCCAAAGACACCCCUUGGAGGUAUCCACAUCUGCGAAACCAAGCAGAACUUUCUGGAGGGAAACCUGCACCCCUGCAAUAUCCUCAUGUGCCCACACACCUGUGUUACCAACAUGCCCAAACCACGGCAGAAACAGCCUGUGGACGUUGGUCCAGCUUCUAUGCUGGUGGGCAACCUCGUGGCAGGGAAACGAAUCGCCCAGGCCACAGGUAGAGAACUGGGUGUAGUGGAGGACCAGGAUCUGAUUAGAAAGCACCAAUUCUUAUCUGAAGCACUCCAGUGGAGAGCGCAGACGGACCCGGACCAUGUUCUUUAUGUGCUUUUGAAUGCAAAGGGGGUGGCUGUGUGCACAGCUACAUGUGCUCAGCUACACAAAAGAGCAGAGAAAAUAACAGCCACCCUCAUGGAGCGAGGAGGCCUCAACACAGGAGACAAUGUGGUGCUGCUUUAUCCCCCAGGGAUUGACCUCAUAGCUGCCUUCUAUGGCUGUCUUUAUGCUGGCGUCAUCCCUGUGACUGUGCGGCCCCCCCACCCACAGAACCUGGCUGCCACUCUCCCCACUGUCCGUAUGAUAAUUGACGUGAGCAAGGCAGCUUGCAUCCUCACCACUCAGCCUCUUAUGCGGAUCCUCAAGUCCAGGGAAGCUGCAGCCAGCGUCAAUAUCAAAACAUGGCCCACCAUCAUUGAUACAGAUGAUCUCCCCAGAAAGCGUCCUCCACAGAUAUAUAAACCCCCUACAGCUGAGAUGUUGGCUUACCUGGACUUCAGUGUGUCUACCACAGGCAUGUUAACUGGAGUUAAGAUGUCUCACGCUGCAGUCAGCACUCUGUGCCGCUCCAUCAAGCUGCAGUGUGAACUCUACUCCUCACGUCAAAUAGCCAUCUGCCUGGACCCAUACUGUGGCCUGGGUUUUGUCCUGUGGUGCCUCUCCAGUGUUUACUCAGGUCACCAGUCCAUCCUCAUCCCUCCCCUGGAGCUGGAGAGCUCGCUUCCUCUGUGGCUGAGCACACUCAGUCAGUACAAGAUCAGAGACACAUUCUGCUCCUACUCUGUAAUGGAGCUUUGCACCAAGGGCCUUGGGACCCAGACGGAGAUGCUGAAGGCGCGUGGUCUGAAUCUGUCUUGCGUGCGGAGCUGCGUGGUGAUAGCUGAAGAGCGGCCUCGACUUUCGCUCACACAGUCCUUCUCCAAGCUUUUCAAAGAUCUUGGCCUGUCGUCUCGAGCAGUCAGCACCGCCUUUGGCUCUAGGGUCAACCUGGCUAUUUGUAUGCAGGGCACAGCUGGACCAGACCCCUCUACCGUCUAUGUAGACAUGAAGUCUUUGCGUCAUGACAGGGUGAGGCUUGUAGAACGGGGAGCGCCACAAAGUCUUCCGCUCAUGGAAUCAGGCACUAUCCUACCGGGAGUAAGGGUCAUAAUCGUCAACCCAGAGACCAGAGGUCCACUGGGAGACUCUCAUCUUGGAGAGAUCUGGGUGAACAGUCCUCACAGUGCAAGUGGCUACUACACCAUCUAUGGAGAAGAGAGCCUGCAGGCUGACCACUUCAACACAUGUCUCAGCUUUGGGGAGCCCAACACUCUAUGGGCCCGAACAGGCUACCUGGGCUUUAUCAAAAGGACUGAGUUACUGGAUGCUAGUGGAGAUCGUCAUGAUGCCUUGUUUGUAGUGGGCUCCCUGGAUGAGACGUUGGAGCUGAGAGGCUUGCGUUACCACCCCAUCGACAUUGAGACGUCUGUGUCUCGAGCUCAUCGCAGCAUCGCAGAGAGUGCCGUGUUUACGUGGACCAACUUGCUGGUGGUGGUUGCCGAGCUGAGUGGCUCCGAGCAGGAAGCACUGGACCUGGUGCCACUGGUCACCAACGUGGUCCUGGAGGAGCACCACCUCAUUGUGGGUGUUGUGGUCAUCGUGGACCCAGGAGUGAUCCCCAUCAAUUCCAGAGGAGAGAAGCAGCGGAUGCACCUGCGGGACUCCUUCCUGGCGGAUCAACUGGACCCCAUCUACGUGGCCUACAACAUGUGAUCUGGCUUCACGGAUGUGCAUGGAGCUGAGAGCGAACAUGAGGAAGAGGAACGUUAAAAGUCAGCCACACACUGAAAACGCCAGUCUUGCAAUGAAAGUACAGUAGCAGUACUGUAAAGAAGUGUGCUUCCUACUUCUCCCUCAUUGCUCAUUUUUGAUAAGAUAUUUUUAAUUACAAGUGUUCAUCAAGAAACCAUUCAUUGCUUUUUGUCUGAAGCCCCUCACUUUUCAGUGGCAGGAAGGCAGAAGAGCUGGAACUUUCCCCUUGCACUUUAAUUCCUCACACCUCUGAUUCCCACUUCCUGUCUUGCCUGCCUCAAAGGGAACAUCCUCCUCCAUGACAAGAGAAACCUCACCGUCAGUAUUAAGUGUCGCCGGCAGGGGGCGUCGUGACGUUACCUUCCUAGCAAAAUGUGCAAAAUGGCAGUAGAUGUUACAGUGUCCUGAAAAUGCACUUGAAUGAGGGUCAGAAGAGGAGCAGAAAGUCACACAUUGUGUUGCAGUGUGUACGCCACCUUCGAGCACUUUCUCUAAAAAUGUUUGGCUUAGUGACCCCUGACAAAAAAAGAUGAAGGUCAUCUGCUUUUUUAAAUGACCUGUCGAGCAUUCUCAAAGACAAAACAAAGGAUGUAAUAUGGAAUUGAAACGUGAGCUAGUUUUAACAUGUAGUCAUUGGUUCAUUCUGUUUUUUUUCUUCUUAAAAGAGGCACAACUAAAUUUGGAAGGAAAUUUGUCAUAUCUUGCACAAAAAGAGCCUUUGCUGCACAUUGUCGAGAUGACAUUGUCUUGAUGAUUCACUCAAAAGUGGACUUUUUGGUGAAUAUCAAGCCAACCUCGCAGUCUUUGUAAGCACACUGCUUUUUCUCUCCGAAUCAUGUGUAAUUGUAACGUCAUGACCGUCUGUGGGAGCUUGUGUAGUUUCCCCAUUUUAGGAGCAGAGAAUAUCUCAGAACACAGUCAAUGUUGAUAGAUUAUUAGAAGGCAGGCAUGUGCCUUUUCACAAUGAAGCCCUAUUGUGACAAUAUGGACUGUUGAAUUUCAUAGCGAUAUUACAAGUGAGGACAGAACUUUGCCUUAUUGAAACCUGUGGAACUGUAAUUUGAAGCUCCUCCUCUGUAAUUUAGGAAGUAUUCCGCCACCUUCCAGGUGCCAGUUUCUAACUAAACUCAUAUCAUUUUCAUAGAAGGGUGGUGCUGGCGGUCUUUUUUUUUUUUUUUUUCAAGUCCAUUUUUUUUGUCAUUCCA